AUAAUGCAGAAAUGCACUGUUAAUCGAUUGGUUGUUUUGUUAUACUUCUUCAAGCAAUCAACCAGUAAAGUCGAGUGCAGGUCAAAUAGUGUGGAAAGUUCGUGAUUGAAAUAAUAGAACAUUUUUUCUAAUUGCACAUAAUGUACCUUAUUAACCUAAGUGUACUAAUCGCAGUUUUAGUUUGUAAGGUAGUAGGAACAAAUUCAACAGCAUCUCUUCCUAUUGUUUUAUGGCAUGGAAUGGGUGAUACUUGCUGUUUUCCAUUCAGCCUGGGUGGAUUUAAAACCUUUUUGGAAUCCGACCUCGGUGUGUAUGUUAAGUCGAUCGAGAUUGGAAACUCGAUCGUAACGGACUACAAAAGUGGUUAUCUAAUUCAUCCAAACACACAGGUUGAUGAGGUUUGUCAGCAGCUUAGUAAUGAUGUUCAGCUGGUCAACGGGUACAACGCAAUUGGUUUCUCGCAAGGGGGACAGUUUCUUCGAGCAGUUGCUCAGCGUUGCCCGACACCUAGAAUGAACAACUUGAUCACACUUGGAGGACAGCAUCAAGGCGUAUUUGGAUUGCCAGAUUGUCCCUCGCUGAGUAGUAAGACGUGCGAAUAUUUUCGACAGAUGCUCAACUAUGCCGCCUAUGCCCGGUGGCUGCAGGAUUAUUUAGUGCAGGCUACCUAUUGGCACGAUCCACUAAACGAGCUCGUAUACAAAGAGUCCAGCACUUUCCUGGCCGAUAUUAAUAAUGAACGAAUAGUCAAUCAAACGUAUAUUGACAAUUUGCAGAAGUUGAACAGAUUCGUGAUGGUCAAAUUUACUAAAGAUAAAAUUGUUCAACCAAUCGAAUCUCAAUGGUUUGGGUACUACAAACCGGGUCAGGAUAAAGAAAUCGAAAAGCUAGAAGAAUCAGAGCUGUUUCUGAAGAACCGGCUUGGACUUCAGGAAAUGCACAAACUUAACAAACUUGUUUUCCUGGAAUGUGAAGGCAACCAUCUACAUUUCACGAAAGAUUGGUUUAAAAAGAAUGUAUAUCCUUACUUGUAAACCGUAGGACCUCCUAUAUAAAAUGAAGGGGCAAUAUAUAAUUUCACCCAAAUAUAUAGCCUAAAGUACGGGUGCAGGUAGUGUUUCCAAACAUCAAGACUGAGAAAAAUCAGUUGAAAUUUCGGAAAAAACUAGUCUAUCUAAUGGGCAAUCUUUUAAUUUUUAACUAUGAUCGAAUAUAAUUUAAUCUUGAAAUUUAUUAUGCUGUGCACCUAAAACGAAGUUAUUUAGAUAAAUACAAUAAAAUGAUAUUGUACAUUUCCAA